AGGGAUCGCCACUACUAUUUCUGAGAUAUUAAGAAAGGUUAAACAAGGUCACCCAGAAAACCAUGAAAGAGCCAUUACGGACCCUUGAGACCACUUAUCCUUAGCAGGGAUCUAAUCCUGGUGGACCCUGAUUCGUUAUAACCAAUUCAGGAAGAGAGGUUAUUUUCUUCUGAGGAAGUCGUCUGUAAGGACUAUGCUCUCCCUAACCCCAGCUGGACUAAGGACCUAAGACUCCUUUUUGACCAGUUCAUGAAGAAAUGUGAAGAUGGCUCCUGGAAACGUUUGCCUUCAUACAGACAAAACCCUCCUCAAGCCCUUCAAGAGUUCCAAACCCACUUUGUUGACUCAAAGUUUAAGAAAGAAGAACAAAUGUCAAAGGCACAACAGUUCACCAGAAGCUUAGAAGAAGGACUAGGCUUUGAGUACGCGAUGUUCUAUAAUAAGGCUGAGAAGAGAAUUGUCUGCUUGUUUCAAGGAGGUCUUCACCUGCAAGGAAUGCCUGGAUUUGUUCAUGGAGGUGCCAUUGCAACCAUCAUCGACAUCACUGCCGGCAUGUGUGCAUUUUCUGAGGGCAUUGUCAUGACUGCCAAUCUCAACAUCGACUAUAAAAAACCUAUCCCCCUUCUUUCUGUUGUUGUGGUAAAUAGCCAACUUCAAAAAAUUGAAGGAAGGAAACUUUUUGUUUCCUGUACUAUUCAAAGUACUGAUGAGAAGACUUUACAUACACAGGCAACAGCCUUAUUUAUAAAGCUGGAUCCUGACAAACCUUUGACAUAAAAGAACUCUGGUGAGUUCCACACCGUUCUGCAUGAGGUCCCCGCCCCCUCCAGAAGUAGCACCUAUCUCCACUCCUGUCACAGCUGCUGAAUCCCCCAGGGAAAGUCUGCUCUCACAGCUCCUUCAGCGCAGCCUCUGACGUGGCUGCAGGAACUCACUCUCACCUUCCAGAGUUAUCAUAAGAAGUACUGCCCGGGGGCGUCUCAGCAGUAAUCUGUAUGUCCACGUGACAACUGUGUGGUUCUAACUCGUGAACAGACUUCAAAGCUAACAAGCAUAGGACCUGCUCUGCUGUGGGCUGCAGAAAAAAACAAAAGACCAUAUUGAGACUUGGGCUGCAAAUGUGGAAAUGCACGAAAACCACAGGCAGGGAUAGAUCCACAGAGCGUUGAGUGACGUGCGUGUGUGCACAAGCCGCGCCGGGUCUUACAGAACUAAGUUUGUUGUAUCUGAACAAACUCUCUUUGGCCACAUCAGGAACACAGCUCAUUGCUGUGGGAAUGGCCCCCACACAUCAUUGUCUGGGGCCCUAGAGAUUAAAAUACUGUUCAUUUUUCUGGCCUGUGCUGCUGUAGCUUAGAACACUGUAGUCUGUCACCCCUGGAAGAAGGCUUUGUUACAUUUCUGGGACUGUAAUGAAGAGCUACAAGCUGGGUGGUUUAAACAAAUAAAAAACGUCACUGGCACAGCCCCAGGGGCCAGCAGUCUAAAAGUAUUAACAAAACGUUGCUUCUUAAGGUUCUGGGCGGGCACUUUCACAUCUCUCCUGGCUUCUACCAAGGAAGCAUCCAGCUUUCCUUGGUUUUUAGACACAGCAUAAUUCCUAAUUGCAUCUCUUUUAUCAUCUUCUCUCGGUUGUAUCCACAUUUCCCUUUGUGAAUGUUUAUUUAUUUAUUUGUCUGGGUGGGUGUGUGUGUUCAGGUGCUAAAAUAAAUUGGGAGAUUAGUGUUCUACAAA